AUGUUUGUCAUUCAGCAAUUUUAUAUUCUUUGCUUUUCCUUAAAAGAAAUUUGCGAGAGUCUCGAAAGUCCUCUGGAAACGCCACAAGCCUUUGGCCUCAGGCAGAUGUGCAAAUGGCUGCCAGAACCGGAUGUCGUUUGACCCAAAUGGAAAGUUUGGAACUGGGACCAGGACAUAAGAAUGGCAGAGAGUCAGCGACUUCCUGGCCAGGGACCUGCUCCACUUAAGAGACUCACAGAAUAUAAACUGUGGCUGAAAGACAAAAGCUCCUGAUAAAUUGCUGCAUCCUUCAUGAGAAGAUCGAGCCAUAGAAAGGACCGUCUGCAAACAGGAGAAGAUGGGGAAUCUUCAGGUGCUGCUGUUUGUAACCCUGGUCUUGACAGCCCUCUUCUGUUGUGAUGGAGAUAUGAACAGGCCCUUGGAUGAAGGGGUUAAGAUCAGUCGAGAAACUGCCAAUGCCUUUGUGAGAAGGCAGAAGAGGUCUUCUCUGUAUUAUGAAAGGUACUACGAAAGGUUCAAAACCCCAAUGGAGAUGAAGCAAGAGCAGUGUGAAAGCCACCCCCUCUGCGACUACUACUCGGAAGUAGUGGGAUUCCAGACAGCCUACCGCUACUUCUUUGGAAACUGAAGAAGAGGGGGCAUCUCCUGUUCUCACCUGGCUGGGACAGAGGCUGAGAUUAAAAGCAGUUGGGGUGGGGGUUGGGGUGGGCAGA